AUGGCAUCGCAGCCUUCGCCCACAUCCUCGACCAGUAGCGUUGGCUCGAGGAGGUCCAUUGACCAGAAUGGCCCGCCAACACUGGAAGAUCUCGUGAAGCACUUCGUCGCGUCCAAGCGCUCACUGAACACGCAGACGGUGCUCUGGCGCGCCAAUGACAUUGUCAACACAGCUCGCCAGCUGCUCGAGGAGAAUGCAGUGCUUGCUGCCAAGAACACGUCGAUACGUAACCUUGUAGAACAACAGGUAGAUGCACUCGAGGCUGUCCGUCGUGGCAUAGAUGUGUUUGACGCCGAAAUCACAGUUGAGUUCAAGCCGCGCUGCAACCUCCGGGGCACGCCGCAGAAGCACCUCUACGACUUCAUCGACAGCGCCACCGUCUCCAAUCUCGAAGGCACCCUGCGCGCCUGCAUUGACCGCUACAAUGCAGCGCAUCGCAUCCUCGAUGAAAGCAACGAUGCCUUCGAUACCUCCCUCGACAACCUGCACACCUCCAUUGAGAACGUACCGCUGACACCUGCAAGCGCAUCGCUGCCGAGUCCCAUACCGAGCCUGUACCAGGAUCUAGAAGCACAUGCAAAGGAGGCUGCACAGGCCUUCCAGUCGCUUGUCCAGCACUACGAUCUGUGUGUGACUGCCCUUCGGCAUACCGAAGGCGGCUCUGCGGCGGCAACCGAGGCCACAGGCGAUGCUCCGACUCACUCCACUGACGAGUUUGCUGCACCGCCCGAGCCCAUGAGCGAAGCUGAGCGGCAGGAAAUGGUUGCUGUCUUGGUCAACGACGCACACGAGGUCAACGAUGUCGUCACUGAAAUCAGGGAGCGUGGAUCUGAAAUGACCUUCCUCCUCACCCAGAUCGAGAACCAUAUCAACCAUCUCCGUAACGAAGCCUCGGGCCUCUCAAGCAUACUCAAAAUGAUCUCGCAGAUCACGGGCGAGGUCAAGACACACAUUACCACAUCGCGAUCAUUCCACGCAUUGUGGCUCCAAGACACCCGGCCCACUCUCGUCACCGGCAUCGAGGAGUGGGAGAACCAGCGCGACUUUUACGAACGCUUCGAUCUCGCAUAUGCAGAGUUGCUGGUUGAAAUAUCGUCGCGCCCGAAGAAGACACGAGAGGGCGAAAAGAAAGGCAGAAGAUGCACAGAGGGAGCUUGA